AUGGCGAAGCUGAGCGCCCGCAGCGCAGACACCUCGGCCGAGGGCGCCUCCACGGCCGAGGGGGCGCAGGGCGAGGGCAAGGCCGAGGUCGCCGCCUCGACCGGGGUUGCCUCCGCGGCCGCGGAGGCGCAGCGCGAGGGCGCGGCGGCGGCCGCGCAGCCGCAGGAGGCUCAGGCGCAGGAGUCCGCCGAGGAGCUCGCGGAGAGGCAGAGGGUCCUCAGGAAUGCAAUGCAGGCGGCUGCGCGCGAGGCGAGGGACAAGGCCAUAGCCGAGGCGGAGCGCGCGCGCGCAGCCACAGCGGCGGCCGCGCAGCUGCAGGAGGGUCAGGCGCAGAAGUCCCGCGCGGAGAUCGCGCGGGAGGCUAAGGCCGUCAGGAACGCCGCCAGAAAGGCGGAGCGUGAGGCGAAGGAGAGAGCUGAACAAGAGCAGUCCAAGGAGGGUCAGGCGCAGGAGACCGCCGAGGACACUGCGCAGAAGGCAAAGGCCGCCGAGAGCGUCGCCUCGACCGAGGUUGCCUCCGCGGCCGCGGAGGCGCAGCGCGAGGGCGCGGCGGCGGCCGCGCAGCAGCAGGAGGGUCAGGCGCAGGAGUCCGCCGAGGAGCUCGCGGAGAGGCAGAGGGUCCUCAGGAAUGCCAUGCAGGCGGCUGCGCGCGAGGCGAGGGACAAGGCCAUGGCCGAGGCGGAGCGCGCGCGCGCAGCCGCAGCGGCGGCCGCGCAGCUGCAGGAGGGCGAGGCGCAGAAGUCCCGCGCGGAGAUCGCGCUGAGGGCCGAGCAGGAGCAGAACAAGACGGCGGAGAACGGGGCCACGCAGGAGGCCCAGGCGCAGGGGUCCGCCGAGGACGCCGCGCAGAAGGAGACCACCGCCGCGACCGUCGCCUCGACCGAGGGCGCCGCCACAGCCGAGGAGGCGCAGCGCGAGGGCGCGGCGGCGUCCACGCAGCUGCAGGAGGGCCAGGCGCAGGAGUCCGCCGAGGAGGUCGCUCGGAAGGAGAAGGCCGCCAGGAAUGCCGCCAAGAAGGCGGAGCGCGAGGCGAAGGAGAGAGCCUUGCGGGAGGCGGUCAAGAGGGCGGCAAAUGAACGCAAGCAGGCGGAGAAGGCUGCCCGCGAGGGCAGGGAGUGGGUCCCGGCGGAGCGGGAUGCCAAGACGAAGUCCGAGCCCGAGGCCAACGCCAAGGCCGAGAUGCAGGCCGAUGCUCAGGACGCUGGCAACCGCAAUGCCGAGCGCGAGGCCAAGGAGGCUGAUGGCACGGACUCUACGGAGUUUACGAUCGAGCUGAACUUGGCCGAGGGUCACUCCAUCGGAGCCGAGCUGUACAGUCCAACGGACCACGACCCGCUGGUCGUGUCCAAGUGGAGAGCGGGGAGCCCUGUGGAGGCUUGGAACACGGCGCACCCCGACAAGGCGCUGCAGGUCGGUGAUGAGAUCACCAAGGUAAACGACAUCGCAUGGGACCAUCACAAUCGCGAGUUUCUCCACAACCUGAAGGAGCAGGUCGAGAUCUUGAAGCCUCGGGGCGGAAAGUUGGGGCUCGUGAUCAAGCGUCACGGGCAGCCGAAGGUGCUUGCAAAGAGCACGAGGCCGGAGGCCCGCAAUGACGCGCAGCUCACCCAGCUUGUCGAGGAGUUGUUCGAAGUACAGAUCAAUUCGACGGCCGUGGCCUCGAUGGUCGCCCAGAACUUCAACACGUCCGCUGCUGAUACCGAUCCCAUGACCGUCACCGAGAUCCCACUCGAGAGUCCGCUUUACAAGUACAACUCGCUCUCUCCCAUAACCCCAGUGCAGGUCGGCGACACGGUCGUGGCAGUGGGGGGGAGCAUGGGGGGUAGCCUGGAGUGGUCCGGCAGCGCUGUGCAGUUCCUCAAUUUCUUCAACGCGGUGGAGUCGACGAUGCUGACAGGCCACGUCGCGAAGGGUUCCCACUCGGUGACGCUGCGGAUGAAGCGGCGCUCGGUGAAGCCGAUGAUGGCCUCGGCGUUUAAGAAGGAGUAG